AUGCGUAUCGCGUUAUGGCUUACAGCUGUGCUUGGCUAUGUCGUGCAAAUAAAAUGUAUAUCGCACAUUUACUCAACAUCUGUCCAAGGAACACUGGAUGUUCUGUACUUCCUGUUCGCACACUGCUCUUCGUGGAUUUUGGUAGCGCCUCUCACCCAGGUGUACUAUUACGUGAGAUAUGGCAAGACAAACAGGCGCGAAAUCUGGAAUAUGGGUUUCUGGGUGGCCAUUCAGGACUACAACAUAGGGAGCGAUGCCGAAGCACAGAUGCAAGGAGCAUCAAAGGUCGGAAGGCAAGUCAAGCGCGCUCUUCAGUUCGCCAUCCUCGCUGGCCUGAUAUCAAUCGCCGGCUACACCUUCCUUAUGUCACUGAACCUGUCGCCGGCGCUCGACAUCGCCAUAAUCCACAACACAUCGAUGUUCGAGAUCGUGUCGCUGCUUUUGGUCGUGACCGGACUGGCGUCGAGAAGGCAUCUGCUUCAAAACUUUUUGAUGAUGGUGGUGAUUCUGAUUGGGAUCUUGAUCGUGUCGUAUACCAAGGCAACGUGCGACGUUUUGUCGGGCAAACUCUCAAUCAACCAAGACACCGGCGAGCUGAAUGACCCUUUCCUUUUUGAUAGACUAAAGGGCGCGCUCAUAUGCGGAUUGGGCGCUCUAACGAUAGGCCCCGUCUUUGUCUUGUGGAGCAAAUGGACCGCCAACGCUAAGAACACAAAGGAGGGAGCCAUCCGCCCCUUCACCGCUAGCCGUGACAGAAACUUCGUGUCGAACUGUGAAAUCAGCUUGGUCGGUGUCUUCAACCUAAUGAUUCUCGGCACAGCCCUGCUGGUGUGCGGCAAGGGCGGCUCCGGUAGCCAAACCGUCAUGUACAAGUCUGAGUGGAUCUUGGUAUCCAUAUUCGCAGGGCAUUUGCCAAUGGUUGUAGCCACUGUUCACUUGUCUAGGAGGGUGUCUCCAAUAUUCACAUCGACAUGUUUCAUCGGCUGCAUUGUAUUCACCGCCUUGGCUGACUGGAUAGCGGAAAGCGCGCAAAGUAUUAUUACGAGGUGGGAAGUUAUCGGCUACCUUAUGGUGUCGAUAACAGGCAUAUUUUUAGGUCGUCGUUACUUGGCCACAGCCAGGUUUAAGUAA